CGAAUCGCUCGUGCGAGCAAAAGAGCGAAAAAUAUGAGACACGUUGGCAGCAUAGUUCUUAUAAACUCAAUCCUCGUAACGGUUGUACAAACGUUGACGAUGAUGUCGACAUUCGACAUCGAGUCGGGAUGCACCAUGACUACCAGACUUGCGAUGAACGAGCCUCAUCGUUUCAGACGACUGACAGAACAAUAUGUCCCAUACACGGAAACGUACCGGGCUCGAGCUUGGGGCAUUUUCAUUAAAACAAAAUCUCGAACAAACUACAAGAUCCAACACAACUGGGUGACCGAGAAAACGUGCUGCUACGGUUGGACAGUGCAGGACACAGCCUGCGUGCCUGUAUGCUUGAUCUCUUGCGUGAACGCAAAGUGCGUGAGGCCAAACACGUGCGAGUGCAAGCAAGGAUUCACGUACACAGCGAAUCAGGAGAAAUACGUCUGCGAGCCAGUGUGCGAGGGCAACUGCACGAAUGGCGUUUGCGUGUCUCCCGAUCACUGUGAAUGCGACAGAGGCUACGAACUGUCCACUGACAGAUUACACUGUCUGCCAAUAUGCCAGCAAAACUGCGAGCAACGUAACGCGCGUUGCGUCGGGCCGGACACUUGCGCUUGCCAGCCAGGCUACCAGUCAGGAUCCGAUCAGGAUCCGGACUUUUGCGCGCCCAAAUGCGAGAGAAUUUGCUCGAAUGGCAACUGCACGGCUCCGAACACUUGCACCUGCGAUCCAGGAUACCGACAGGAUAACAACACCAACGAUUGCCAACCGAUUUGCAGCGAGUCCUGCGCGAAUGGCAGUUGCGUCGCGCCGGAAGUGUGCAACUGCGACCCAGGUUACCAGUUACUGGCAGAUUCCAAGUACGUUUGCGAGCCUGCUUGCGAGGACGCUUGCGUGAACGGAAACUGCACGGCGCCUAACGUCUGCUCUUGCCACGACGGCUACAAACUCAACGAGGAUGAGGACGCGACGAUGCGACGCGAAUGCGAGCCAAUUUGUGAGAAACCUUGCGGAAAUGGAACGUGCAUCGCGCCAGGGGUGUGCAACUGCACGGAGGAUUACUGGUUCAAGGAAGAGGAGCAAACGUGCGUGCCGAGUUGCAAAAUUCCUUGCGAGCCUCACGGAGUAUGCUCGGCACCUGACACUUGCAGCUGCUUCGAUGGAUAUCGAAUGAUCGAUACGACCGUGAAGCAGCACGAAGUGAGUAAAAUCGUGACCAUUUUUCAACCAGAAUCCGAAUUCUUGCCCCUGCCUACUGGCAAGGCUGCGUACGCUGGUGCAUCGGACAACAUCACGGAUGAGUACACGUCAGCUUGUGAACCGGUCUGCGAACCAAGUUGCAAACACGGUAAAUGCACAGCGCCGAAUUUUUGCUCUUGCAUCGGCAACCACAGGCAAACCGUGGACGGUCGAUGCACGCCAAUCUGUCCCUCUUGUGAAAACGGUGUGUGCGUCGAACCGGGCGUGUGUCAAUGCCUGCAAGGUUUUGUCAGGCGAUCCGAAAGUCGCUGCGUGCCAUUCUGCGAGAACGGAUGCGAGAACGGCGAGUGCAUCGCGCCGAACGAGUGUCGAUGCAACGCUGGCUUCGAAACGAACGCGAACCACACCUGCGUUAAACCGUGCACACGCGUUUGCAAAGGUCAUGCAACGUGCGUGGAAGACACGUGUGAAUGCUCGUACGGAUGGGCAGGACGGGACUGUGACCAACCCACUGUGUGCAUUUUAAGAAAGGACUUGAACAAUACGAAUCUCGAUGGACUUGCGGUCCACAAUGAGACGAAUAGCACGUUGAUGAAUGCCAAACGUUACGCACCGGACUGUUACCAAUGCAACGAGACAGCGAGCAAUAAAAGUCUCUGCUUCGUUAUAACCUUCAACGAUAGUCUGUCGACGCUUGGUUGCUUCGUCGAAAGAGAAUCGCCGUGCUAUCCGUCUCCAUAUCAUAGUAGCACCGACAGUGCAGUGUCCAGGAUGGCUGGAACGUUUGCAGCAGUUACGAUCUUAAUAAUGGCGGCUACGACAACGGCGUUGUACUUUGUGAUCCGCAGACAUCGAAGGGGGAAAAUGCACGCAGCCACCAUGCAGACUGCACUGUACCCGAAGGCUAUCACACACGAAGCGAACGAGUGCCUAAUUUCGGAGGAGGAAAGCCACGACGCACUGCUCACGUUGAGUUUAAACGACAUCGGGAUAAAUUAGAGCGAAGUGGAAGAAAAAUACUAUCGCGUGACGAACGAAAUAUCACCCGUGGCGAGUGUUCAUUCUUUGUUAUUAUAGAGUGUAUGAAAACAUUGUACGAAAGAAAGAAAAAAAGA